UGACGUGGAAUGCGUUUGGAACUGUUGUUUGGUACUUGGGUCAGUUGAAUUUGUCGCCGUUUUCAUUGCAACAGGAAUUGUUGGCUAAUUUGUUUGUAAAUAAAAAAUGUUAGACUUUGUGGUCAUAUUCACAAAAGGCGGCAUUGUGCUCUGGAAUUCGAAUGAAUCGGGCAAGAACUAUGCGGCGUGCAUCAACAGCUUAAUACGUGGCGUCAUUUUGGAGGAACGAAAUACAGAGUCCAAAUACUUUGAGGAGGAUCACCUGGCGGUGCAAUUCAAACUAGACAAUGAGCUCGACGUGGUCUAUGCGGCCGUUUUCCAAAAGGUCAUCAAGCUCAACUAUCUGGACAAUUUUCUGGCCGACAUGCAGACGGCAUUUCAGGAGAAAUUUGGUGGCGUUGGCCCCCAGGAGCGACUGUCGAUUGACUACGAGUUCGAGCAAGAGUUUCGGCUGGUGCUCGGUGCUGCCGAGGAGGCAUCCGCCAAACAGGGCAAGGCGCCGAAGGCGAUGCGCUCCUACAAUGAAUCGCAGAAAUCAAAGAAAACCGUCGCCUCGAUGCUGCAGGACGACAAGAAGAGCGUGACGAAUGAGAAGCGCGUCAAUAUACAGGAGAGCCCGCCGGCGCCCAAAUCGCAGCCGUCAUCGCCGCCACGCAGCAAUGCUGAUAUUAUCCAGGAGAAUCGCCGUAAGCUGCGCGAGAAACUGACGCCCACCAAAAAGGCAGCGGCGGUGGUGGAGGCGAAACCCAACAAGCUCAGCGCCAUCGACAGGGAGAAGGAGAGGGCGGGCAAAAAGCCGCGUGUUUGGGAUCUGGGCGGCAAUUCGAAGGAUGCCAUGCUGCUGGAUCGGUCCAAGGAUGCGCCCGACGAUGUGCAGCUGCAGACCAUCAACAAUGAUCUGGUAGGCACCAUGCAGGGCAGCAUACGUGAUCUGGACGUGGAAAGCGACUCGGAUGCUGCCGACAGUGAGGCAAGCGAAGACAGUGAACAGGAAGAACAACAGCAGCAGCAGCAGCGGCAGCAGCAGCGUCGACCGCUGAACAAUGCGGCGACCAGGAAGCCCAAGAGCGGAGGAUUGUUAUCCUAUUUCAAGGGCAUUGUGGGCGCCAAAACGAUGACGCUUAGUGACUUACAGCCGGCGCUGGAGAAGAUGCGCGAUCAUUUGAUAUCGAAGAAUGUGGCCUCUGAGAUAGCGGCCAAGCUGUGCGAUUCGGUGGCCACAUCGCUGGAGGGCAAACAAAUGGGCACAUUCGAUAGCAUUGCCAAUAUGGUGAAGGAGGCGCUGACGCAAUCCUUGGUGCGCAUCCUGUCGCCCAAGCGGCGCAUCGACAUCAUACGCGACGCGCUCGAAUCGAAGCGCAACGUCAAACCCUACACGAUCAUCUUCUGCGGCGUCAAUGGUGUCGGCAAAUCAACGAAUCUGGCCAAGAUCUGUUUCUGGCUGAUCGAGAACGAUUUCAAUGUGCUGAUCGCUGCCUGUGAUACGUUUCGUGCCGGCGCCGUGGAGCAGCUGCGCACGCAUACGCGCCAUUUGAAUGCAUUGCAUCCGGCGGCGAAGCAUAAUAAUCGCACCAUGGUCCAGCUGUAUGAGAAGGGCUAUGGCAAGGAUGCGGCGGGCAUUGCCAUGGAGGCAAUCAAAUAUGCCCACGAUACGAGAGUUGAUGUCGUCCUCGUUGAUACCGCCGGCCGUAUGCAGGACAAUGAGCCGCUAAUGCGUUCCCUGUCCAAGCUAAUCAAGGUUAACAAUCCGGAUCUGGUGCUGUUUGUCGGCGAAGCCCUUGUCGGCAACGAGGCUGUCGAUCAGCUGGUCAAGUUCAAUCAAUCCCUCGCCGAUUACUCAUCCAACGAGAAUCCACACAUCAUCGACGGCAUCGUCCUAACCAAAUUUGAUACCAUCGAUGACAAAGUGGGCGCCGCCAUCUCCAUGACAUACAUCACCGGGCAGCCGAUCGUGUUCGUCGGCACCGGCCAGACCUAUGCGGACCUCAAAGCCAUCAAUGUGAAUGCCGUUGUCAACUCCCUCAUGAAAUAAGCGAUACCAACAAUAGCCACAAUAGCAACAAUACAAAACAACAACAACAACAACAACAAUAACUGGGGAAACGCAGGACUUAAUUCUCAUGCUCUAUACAACAAUUUUGUUUUUACACUUGAUUUUUUGUGUCUUUAUAUAUAUAUGUUGCCCGCUCUGGGCGGGUGCGUGUGCGUGUGUGUGUGUGUACAGGCACAACAAAUAAAAUGCACUUUUUACAUUUGUUGUCGAUUA